CGCUGAUCGGAAUAUCAAUAAAUCCCCCCGCUUGCUUCAUCAAGAGCUAAAAACAACAACAACAAAAAAGAGUCAUCCUUCUCGUCUUCCAUCCUCAGAUAUUUGUGCUCCUGCACUAAUUAUAUUUAGGAUUUCUGAGUCCUCAAACCUUCAUCAUGAUGAAUAUUUGCAUCAUACUGCAAGGUAGCCAACCAUGAGUGUGAUGUGCUUGUAAAUCGCUUGCUGUGAGGAGAGAAGCGCGAUCAUGCACCGCCAUCCUCCACGCCAGAAGAGCUGCAGCUGCUAGAAGGACUCAGGGAAGUGUGUAUGUGUCGCUCUGGCCAUGGAUGACUUCACUACACGCACCUAUGGCACCAGUGGCAUGGACAACAGGCCUCUGUUCGGAGAGACCUCGGCCAGGGAUAGAAUCAUCAAUCUAGUAGUCGGUGGACUUGCAUCUUUACUUGUUCUGGUGACCAUCAUUAGCUCAUUCGUCUUUCCUUCACUGCCUCCCAAACCACUCAAUAUAUUCUUUGCCAUCUGCAUCAUGCUAGUCUGCGGCUCAGUGUUGGUUCUGAUAUACUGGUAUAGGCAGGGAGAUCUGGAGCCUAAGUUCCGCAACUUGAUCUACUACAUGCUCUGCUCCAUCGUUCUGCUGUGUAUCUGUGCCAACUUGUACUUUCACGAUGUGGGACGUGAUAAACAGAGCAAUGCCUUAUAAAAACCACAGGAAGCGCAGAAUGUUCAUCGUUAUGUGGGAGCUUUGGAAACCCACAUAAACCCCACCUGAAUUCUUGAAUCAGGAGAAUUCAUUUUCCUACAAGCCCCGUUUGUGUGGGCAGGCCAGUCUGCCUUUGGGAGCCAUAUUAAUGCACAUAAACAUAUUAUAGAUGCAAAUAUGUUAGCGAUCAGUAGCACUCUGGGAUGUCCGUGCACAUGUUUGCACCCUCUAUGCUGUACACAGCUUAACUUAUAUGCCAAUGUAAAGACAAGAGCAGAGUUUUUGAGAUAAGCCAUCCACAAUGCUUUUAUAUUUGUACAUGAUACAUCUACGGUACACAUUCCUAAUGAAGAAAUUGCUUAUUUUGUAUUUAAAUUAUUAGAAAAGCAAUCUCGAAUAAGAGCACUUGGUUAAAAACAUGCAGCGGUUGUUGAGAAAUUGUUUGUUUUUUUGUUCAUUUUUUUCUAAAUUAAUGAACAGUGUUCUUUGAUUGGGUGAAAACCUUAUAUUUUUGGUUAUAACCUGGUGUAAUUUGGUUUUAUGUAAUGAAUAAAUACAUAUACACUG